AUGGACGAGAUCGAUUGCGGCAGCUUCUUCGACAAUUUCGAUGAUUUGAUCGAAUUUCCUACCGACAAUGGAUGUGGUCUUGGCUCCGGCGACGGCACCGGUUUUCCGGCCAUUUGGUCAAACCCAUUGGAUACCUUGCCGAGUUCUGACCCCAUUUUCUGUGGUGGCCACCGCAGUAGUGCUUCCGACCUCUCCGCUGAACUCGCUGUUCCGGUCUUAGUCUAG